AUGGAAUCAUUUAGGUCAAACAUCAGUGCAGAAUUGAUGGAAACUAAAAUUGUUUCGUCCUUGAAAAUCAUGAUGGAUGAAAAUAAUGUCCUAGCAAAGGCAUUUCGUUCAGCACGGGAUAGAUACCAAAUUGAUGGCUCUGCUGAUGUUAAGUUACGGUUAAUAACCAGAAGAAAUACUGAUGCAAGGACAUAUAAUUUGCCAACGGCAUCUGAAGUUGCUGCACUGAUACUUGGAGAUAUUGACGAGAGCGGAGUUAAUAGGGAUAUAAUAAUUGAGACAAAAUCAAGAAUCUUGCAGAGGAUAGAAGUAGUACAUCCAAUGUACCUUGCUCUUCAAUAUCCUUUAUUGUUUUCAUACGGUGAGGAUGGUUACAGAUUACAUAUAGCUACUUCUUCUCGACCAAAUGUCAGAAGAACUGAGAAAAGAUCAACAAUAAGCAUGAGAGACUUCUUUGCAUACAGACUUCAGAGAAGGACUAACGAGUCUCAGGUGCUUUUGCGGUCAAGAAGAUUACUGCAACAAUUCAUAGUAGAUGCCUACACUAUGGUUGAGUCAGAACGGCUUUUAUACUUACGAUUGAAACAACCAAACUUGAGGCUAGGCAAGUUCAAGAAAUUGCAUGAGUGUAUGGUUCGUGGUGAAACUAAUGCCAUUAACACUGGACAAAGAAUUAUUCUCCCAAAGAGCUUUACCGGUGGUCCAAGGAACAUGUUCAACAAUUACAAAGAUGCUUUUGCAAUAUGUAAAUAUGCUAGAUAUCCAAGUUACUUUAUCACUAUGACAUGUAAUCUAGAAUGGAAUGAGAUAAAAAGAGAGGUAACACCCCAAGGAUUCCAUGCAGAGGAUAGACCAGACAUCUUAUGUAGAAUAUUCAAGUUGAAGGUUGAUAAAUUAAUUAAGGAAUUGAAGAGAGGAACAUUCUUUGGAAAGAUUAUUGGAUAUUGUCCAACCAUAGAGUUUCAGAAGAGAGGUCUACCUCAUGCCCAUUGUCUUUUAUUCAUGCAUCCGGAAUCAAAACCACGAACUGUUGAUGACAUAGACAAGGUUAUUAAGACAGAGAUUCCAGAUAAGAGGGAAAAUCCAAAAUUGUAUGCUGCUGUUGAGAAAUAUAUGGUUCAUGGUCCAUACGGUCAUUUAAAUAGAAAGAGCCAAUGCAUGAUCAAUGGUAAAUGCUCAAAGUUUUUUCCCAAGGCAUUUCGAGAUAGGACAAUUAUUGACGAAGCAGGCUUUCCAAGAUAUCAAAGAAGAGAUGAUGGGCGAACUGUAUCAAAGAAAAAUAUAGAGGUUGACAAUUCCUUCAUAGUUCCAUACAAUCCCGGUCUUCUUCUAAAAUUUGGAUGUCACAUCAAUGUUGAGUAUACUUGCCAAACUUCAGCAAUCAAAUACCUGUUUAAGUAUCUUCACAAGGGUAAUGACAGGGUGACAGCUGCAUUUUAUCAAAGCAACGAAUCUCAGGUAGAUGAAAUACGUAAUUAUUAUGAUUGUAGAUAUAUAUCAGCAUGUGAAGCUGCAUGGAGAUUGUUUGGUUAUCCUAUUCAAAUAAAGGAACCAGCAGUAAUAAGAUUACCAUUCCAUCUUCCUGAUGAUAUGCCAAUUGUCUACAAAGAUACCGAUACAAUUCAGUCAGUUGUUGAGACUUCUUUUUUCAAGGAAUCUAUGUUGAUUGGAUGGUUCAAAGCAAAUGAAGCCCAUAAUGAUGCAAAAAAUCUGACUUAUUUUGAGUUUCCAACAAAAUUUGUUUGGAAUGGAGAGCAUCAUAUGCGGACUCAUAGAAAGCAAGGCUAUGUCAUAGGAAGGAUAUCUCAUAUACCACUAAUGAAUAAAGAAGAUUACUAUCUAAGGCUACUUUUGAACAUUCAAAAGGGAUGCACGAGUUUCAGUGAUCUAAGAACAGUUGAUGGUGUCGUUUAUGACUCCUUCAAAGAUGCAUGCUAUGCUCUAGGACUGUUGCAGGAUGACAGAGAAUUCAUUGAUGCAAUUUCUGAAGCAGGAACAUGGCACUCUGCAACUUUUUUAAGGAGACUUUUUGUUGUUUUAUUAACAUCAAAUAACAUGAGUAGGCCAGAUUUUGUUUGGCAAAAGACUUGGAACUUUCUCUCCGAUGACGUACUAUAUGAACAAAGAAGAUUACUGCAAAUGAAAGAAAAUUUGGUGUCUAGCUUAGAAGACAGAAUCAUCAUGGAAGAGUUGAACUUUGACGUUAAUGCUCUUGCGAAUGAACUAAGUGGGUAUUUAGAAAGGCUAACUAAUGAGCAGAAAUUUGCAUACGAUCAAAUAAUUGGUGCUGUUAGCAGUAAUAUGGGUGGACUUUUCUUCUUAUACGGUCAAGGUGGUUGUGGAAAAACAUUCUUAUGGUCAACUAUAUCAUGCUCAAUUAGGUCUAAAGGAGGUAUAGUUUUAAAUGUUGCUUCGAGUGGGAUUGCUGCACUUUUGUUGUCUAAUGGAAGAACUGCACAUUCAAGGUUUAAAAUUCCUUUGGCCAUAAAUGAGAAUUUUUUGUGUAGCAUUAAACAAGGAAGUCCUCUUGCAAGGUUAAUAUCCAAGGCCAAAUUAAUCAUACGGGAUGAAGCUCCAAUGAUAAGUAAGUAUUGUUACGAAGCUUUAGAUAAAUGCCUCAGAGACAUCUUAAGGUGUUCAGAUUCGUAUAAUGCUCAUUUGCCAUUUGGAAGUAAAGUUGUUGUUCUCGGAGGAGAUUUUAGACAAAUUUUACCUGUGAUUCCCAGAGGCUCACGGCAAGAUAUAAUUCAGUCUUCUAUUAAUUCUUCAUAUUUGUGGCAUAACUGUAAGGUUUUGAAGCUUACAAAAAACAUGAGAUUGUCACUAGGUGAAAACAACAACAUACAAGAACUCAGAAAUUUUGCAGAAUGGCUACUCAAAAUUGGUGAUGGUUUGGCUGGUGAUACAACAGAUGGUGAAUCGAUCGUUCAUAUACCAUCUGACAUUUUGAUUAAGAACUCUGAGACAGCUUUGGAUGACCUCAUUGAUUUCGUGUAUCCAAAUAUGUUAUCCAAUUUAUCCGUUGAAAAUUAUUUCAAGGAUAGAGCAAUUCUUGCACCAACUUUGAAUUGUGUCACUGAUGUCAACAACAAGAUGACUGCAGGGUUACUUGGACAAAAAAGAGUCUACUUAAGUUUAGACUCUGUGUGUGCUGAAGAGGAAAAUAUGGAAUUUGAGUUAGAUGCUUUCUCGCCAGAGAUUCUAAAUGGAAUAAAUUGUUCACGUCUACCACCACACAAGUUGGUUCUGAAGGUUGGCACUCCUGUUAUGUUGCUGUGGAAUAUAGACCAAACUAAUGGUUUGUGCAAUGGAACGAGGAUGCAAGUUAGAAGAAUGGGAAAUCAUGUGAUAGAAUGCAAGACUUUAACUGGUAACAAAGCUGGAAAUAUUGUUCUUAUCCCAAGACUGAAUCUAAUUCCAAAUAAUAAAAUAUUGCCGGUCAGGGUAACGAGUAAAGAUGGUCUGCGAAUGCUGUUGCAAGAUCAUGGGCACUUGGAAGAUAACUGCACGAUGAAUGUGGUAUAUAGAGAAGUUUUUGAGAGCCUGUAUCAAAGGAUAGCAUUGAAUUGUUAUCAGCAGAUUUAA